AAAUAUGUUUAUAGAAAGCCCGGGACGCCCAGGGGGAAACAAGCUCUGAGGCACUCAGAGAGAGCUCCGCUGUCUGCUUGGGAGAGUCGCACUGGGAGCGCCAAGGAGCAAACACAGACAGCAAAGAUGACAGUGGAGAGGAUGUUCGACGAGUAUGGACACUUCAAAAGGUUCCAGGCUUGUCUAUAUUUUGCUGCUGUCUUCCAGGCCACAGCAUGUGGAAUCCACUACCUUGCCUCAGUUUUUCUGGUCGAGACUCCAAACUUUGUGUGUAGUGUGCCAGGCAACAUCACCGAUGUCCUGUAUGGUAAUAUAACUGGAUCCAGUCUGGAAAGUGUCUUGCCAGUCAUCAAGCCAGUUGACGGGCCUUUGGUGGUUCGAACAUCCGAGGGGGAGCAAUGGGAACUCAGCCGGUGUCGCUCCGCCCUGCGCAUCAAUCCCCAGGACUUUACAUACGAUUUUUAUGGCAACAAAACUAUGAAAGACUGCAGUGGGAACUUUGUUUACGACCACACCGAAGUUCAUAAUAGCAUUGUGACAGACUGGGACUUGGUGUGUGAAAAGGAGUGGCUGGCCAAGCUGUGCCAGCCAACUUUCAUGCUUGGAGUGCUGAUUGGAGCACUGCUGUUUGGGGACACUGCUGACAGAAUUGGUCGAGUAAAGAUUCUGAUGAUCACAAGCCUGUGUCAGUUUGCAUUUGGGGUGGCCGUGGCAUUCUCUAUGAACUACUACUAUUUUGUGGUGCUUCGCUUUCUGCUGGCCAUGGUGUCCAGUGGCUACCUGGUUGUUGUGUUUGUGUAUGUGACAGAGUUCACGGGCAGCAAGGUGCGUACAUGGACCGCUAUGCACAUCCAUGCAGCCUUUGCAGUUGGCAUCAUGGUGGUGGCUCUGAUGGGUUACCUGGUCCGAGUCUGGUGGAUCUACCAGAUCAUCCUCUCCAUAUGCACCUCACCCUUUUUGCUGUUUUGCUGGAAGUUCCCAGAGACGCCUUUCUAUUUAAUGGCCAAGGGCCGUUAUCAAGAGACUCAGGCCCUCCUGGACACAAUAGCCCGAUUCAACGGACUUGAGUGCCGACUCAAGGCGGAGGAUCUGCUGGAACCAAUGAAGACGGAGAAUGGCAAAGCACUGCUAGAGAAGGAGGAAGAAGAGAGGCCCUCACAACCUGAGAAGAAACUAUCCAUCCUGGAUCUGUUUUGUAGCAGGAGGAUGGCAGUCCGUACUUGCACAGUGUGGGCCAUCUGGUUCAUCGGCAGCUUGGGCUACUAUGUCUUCUCUCUAGGUUCAGUGAAUCUGGGAGGAAACCAAUAUGUUAAUCUUUUCCUGGCUGGGGCUGUGGAGCUCCCUUCUUAUCUGGUUGGCUGCUUUGCAAUGGACCGGAUUGGGAGGAAGAAGACAUGUGCUCCGGCUCUGCUUCUGGCCGGGGUUGCUUGUAUGCUCAUCAUCGUGGUUCCUACUGAAAUAGAGUCUCUGGCCAUCGCUCUCAGUAUGAUUGGAAAGUUUGCUGUGGCGAUUGCCUUUGGCCUCAUCUACCUGUACACCUGUGAGCUUUACCCUACUGUCAUCAGAUCCCUGGCAGUAGGUAGCGGCAGCAUGAUGUGUCGUGUUGGCAGUGUUGUGGCUCCUUUCUGCGUCUACCUGGCUGAUGUCUGGGUCUAUCUACCUCAGAUCAUUGUAGGAAUCCUGGCAUUCAUAAUUGGAGUGCUUACUUUGCUCUUACCCGAAACCUUGGGCAAACCUCUCCCCACCACUUUGGAAGAGGCUGAAUCUCUUGGAAGCAACCCCAGAAAGAAGAAUUCAAGCCCUGUCAACAAAGAUGCAGGGGAUGGGAUGGAGCUAAACCAACAUGAAGCUAAAGCCUGAGCUUUCUCGCUGCUGGGAAACCAGGCCAUAAGAGGAAAGGAACUGAAGAAUGAGAGACAAACAACCUAUCAAUAGUUUACUGUACUGGUGAAAAAAAAAAAAGCUUUCAUCAAAUUAUUGGAGCUAAGGUUUGUUUUUAGUGGACAUUUUUUUUUUGCAAACUGACCAACAAUUCAGUACAAAAUGGGGCCCUGAGGACUUUUCACCUCAACAUCUUCUGCUUUCCUACAUGGGUCAAUGUUUGAUCAACGAAACAGUAUGAAUGUGUGAAUUUUAAGUACAUAUUCUGAGACCACAGGAAAAUUAAUAAUACUUAAAGGGUCAGAUCAAUUUUAGUAAUGUACUUGACGCUGAUUUUUAAAGACUACAAUGAUUGGACGGAUAGAGAUGCCUGCAGAAUUAUAUUUAUCGUAAUUAUUUAAGUUAAAACAAAAUAGACUAAUUGCUUUACAUGUAAGUUAUUUGAGAUAUAGUUUAGCCUGUUUGCACUGUGGAAUGUAUCAUAAUAGAAAAAGUGCCUUUUUUACUAAUUAAUCUCAGGGCAUUCAGACUACUGUGAACAACUUAAAGUAUUACAGUUUAACAUCAGUUUGACAGCCUCAUUGGGCCUUGAACCCAUAGACAGGUUUACGAGUUGUAUAUGUGGGUAUGUUUUCCAGUUUAAUCUGUUGUUGAGAACUAGUUCAGUUUUUCUCAUGCUUGUAUUCUGUUUGCAAUCUGUAUGCUUGACAUAUUCAAGGAUAUGCACGUCAUUACUGUGUUUGGGAGCCAGGAUAUAAUCUCCAGAUGUUUGGACCAAAUCCAGGAACAAACUGUCGUGUUGAGGUGAUGUGUGGCUUCCUAUAGCCAUAGAGAGCUUUAGGAGGGUAAACUAUAAAAUUGAAGCAUUGGUGCUCAGAAGUCAGAUCUACAAUCAUCACAAAUGGCUUCAUUGCCUUUGUUUUUAUCAUAAUAGUGGAAUACAUGUAUUACACUGAGAAUAUAUUCUUCCUCAUGCCUACCGUAGAUUUGUUUUUCAAUUUUAUUUAUGUUUCUGCUUUAGGAAACAUAUUUUACAAUGGUAUCGA